AUGCCGAGAGCGCGAGCGCUUUCCUGCCUCAUGUCGCCGCUCCACGGCAAGCGUCCCGCCGGCGACGCACGCCGCAGCAGCGCCGCGUGCAUAUGCUGCAUUGGACCUCACCACAAGUCGUCGUCCGGCGGCGGUGGUGGUGGCUGCGUGCCUUGCCUCGUUCCGCACGCCGAUCACAGCGUGAGGGCGCCUCUCACCAGCUGCUGCGGCAGCAGCGGUGGAGGUGACAACCUCCGCGGCACCCCACGCACCCCCAGGACGCCGUGCACGCCCACGGCGAGGCGCCUCUGCGGGGUCCGCUCCCGCACCCCGCGCCGCGGGCAGGCCGGCUGCUUCCCGUCGUCGGCGCCUUCCGCCGCUGCGACCGCGAGGACGCCACGGACACCGACGACGCCUAUAGGCCGGACGCAGCGCGCGUGCUGCGUCCGUGGCCCGGGUCAGGGCAACACGAAGCUGGGCAGGCGGCGGCGCUGGCUCCGGUCCACGGGCCAGACGACACGCCGGGCGGCGCGUGCGGGCGGCGACGUCAAGGUUUACACCACUGGCCUCGUGGAGGCCGCCGAGGAGGCGGUAACAAAGGAAGAAGAGACCAGCUCCAACGAGGAGUACGCGCUGCUGUGCAGGCAGGGCUUCCCCCGCGAGGACGUCGCCGCGGUCACCAUCCAGGCCUACUUCCGAGGCCACCUGGCGAGGCGGGCGUUCAAGGCGCUGAAGAGCCUGGUGCGGCUGCAGGCGGUGGCGCGGGGCGCGUACGUGCGACGGCAGGCGGAGGUGGCGAUCCACUGCAUGCAGGCGAUGGUGCGGCUGCAGAUGCGCGUGCGCGCAAGGCAGAUGCUCACCAAGCCCAAGGAAGGGCAGCCCUUGCCCAGCUGA